AUUAGGGGCUUUUGUCUGCGCUGCGUGUCCCUCUAGCAGAGUCCCCGUUGUCUGUGGGCCCCCUCCCGGUCCCGAGGCUCUGGCCGCCCCUCCCGCGGUCCUAAAGAACGCCAUCUUGCAGGCCUUUGUCCCGCUCUGCAUCCUGUCUAUCCAUUCAUUUGUUCAUUACUUCAUUCUUCAUUCUCUGUCUUGCCACGUUCGCCGAGGCCACGUUUUCCUAGGGUUUAUUCCCAAAUGAGUCAGCAUAGGGCCCCGAUCCGUGGGGGCUGCCUGCCUCGCGAGGACACCCGUACAUACACGGUUGCAGAGAGCGAAGAGCGCUGGGUUUCUGCAGCACUUGUCCCUCCUCGGUCUGAGAAAGCCCACCCACUGAAGCAAUGGAGGUGGAGGCUACAGAGACCAGGUCCCCAGCACCCUGCUACAAGCGCUCCGGCCGGCGAUAUAAGUGCCUAUCGUGUACCAAGACCUUUCCUAAUGCUCCCAGGGCAGCCCGUCAUGCUGCCACACAUAUACCUGCAGAUUGCACCGAAGAGGUGGCCGGGGGGCAGCCAAAGGUGGAUACAGAACCCAAGGCAGAAGAAGCCAGUGGGGACAAGGUGUCAGGUUCAGUGGCCAAGCCUCGGCCCUAUGCGUGCCCACUGUGCCCCAAGGCCUACAAGACAGCCCCUGAGCUGCGCAGCCAUGGGCGCAGUCACACAGGCGAGAAACCCUUCCCCUGCCCAGAAUGCGGCCGCCGCUUCAUGCAGCCCGUGUGCCUACGUGUGCAUCUGGCCUCGCAUGCUGGUGAGCUGCCCUUCCGCUGUGCACACUGCCCCAAGGCCUAUGGUGCGCUGUCCAAGCUCAAGAUCCACCAGCGUGGCCACACGGGGGAGCGGCCCUAUGCCUGCACUGACUGUGGCAAGAGCUUCGCGGAUCCCUCGGUGUUCCGCAAACACAGGCGCACGCACGCAGGCCUCCGGCCCUACGCCUGUGAGCGUUGUGGCAAAGCCUACGCGGAGCUCAAGGACCUGCGUAACCACGAGCGGUCGCACACCGGAGAGCGCCCCUUCCUCUGCUCAGAGUGCGGUAAAAGCUUCUCCCGGUCGUCCUCACUCACCUGCCACCAGCGCAUCCACGCGGCUCAGAAGCCCUACCGCUGUCCGGCUUGCGGCAAGGGCUUCACGCAGCUCAGCUCCUACCAAAGCCACGAGCGCACGCACUCAGGCGAGAAGCCCUUCCUGUGCCCUCGUUGCGGCCGCAUGUUCUCCGACCCAUCCAGCUUCCGCCGCCACCAACGGGCACACGAGGGCGUGAAGCCCUACCGCUGUGAGAAGUGCGGCAAGGACUUCCGGCAGCCCGCUGACCUGGCCAUGCAUCGGCGGGUGCAUACUGGGGACCGACCGUUCAAGUGCCUGCAGUGCGACAAGACAUUUGUGGCGUCCUGGGACCUCAAGCGACAUUCUUUGGUGCACUCGGGCCAGAGGCCAUUCCGCUGUGAGGAGUGUGGGCGAGCCUUCGCCGAGCGGGCUAGCCUCACCAAGCACAGCCGUGUGCACUCGGGUGAGCGCCCUUUCCACUGUAAUGCCUGCGGGAAAUCCUUUGUGGUGUCUUCAAGCCUCAGGAAACACGAGAGGACCCAUAGAAGCAACGAGGCUCCAGGGGCCGCCCCCCAACCGGAGUUGGUACUGGGACUGGCGCUGCCUGUGGGCGUUGUGGGGGAGGGCUCUGCUGCCCCCGGAGUAGGUGCAGGGCUAGGGGACCCUCCGGCAGGGCUGCUAGGGUUACCCCCUGAGUCAGGCGGUGUGAUGGCCACACAGUGGCAAGUGGUGGGCAUGACGGUGGAACAUGUGGAGUGCCAGGAUGCUGGUAUUGGGGAAAAUCCUGGUCCCUUGGGAGGGGCAGGAGAGGUGGGGAGCAAGGAGGUGGAUGAGAAGCCCCCCCAGUUUGUGUGUCGCGAAUGCAAGGAGACCUUCUCCACACUAACAUUGCUGCGUAGGCAUGAGCGCUCACACCCAGAGCUCCGGCCCUUUCCCUGCACCCAGUGUGGCAAGAGCUUCUCAGACAGGGCUGGGCUGCGUAAGCACAGCCGCACCCACAGCUCUGUGCGUCCCUAUGCCUGUCCCCACUGUCCUAAAGCUUUCUUGAGUGCCAGUGAUCUGCGUAAGCAUGAACGUACCCACCCUGUGCCCAUCGGGACCCCCACACCCCUGGAGCCCCUUGUGGCUUUGCUAGGAAUGCCUGAAGAGGGGCCAGCUUGAAGUUCAUAGCUCUCUACCACACUCCUGGGAGCCCAUCCUCAGUCUACAGAUUCUUACCCCUCCGCAAGUAGCUCAGCUAUCCACUAAGAGAGCUGGGGACAGCAGAGGCUAGCCGCAGCUGUGAGAGACACUCAUUAAAGCAUUCACUUUGACACUGA